GAUUAAAAACUUAUAAGUAAAUUAGAUGGGAUUGCUGAAAAAAAGAAGUUUCACUUAGAUGAGCGCCCUCAGAAGAUACUACCAAUGGUUGAGCGAAGAGGGCAAACUCACUCAUCUUUAACUCAAGUAGUUGUUGGCAGAGAAAAGGAUAAGAAGGAAAUUGUUGAUUUUCUUCUGUCUUCUAGUUGUGGGGAGAAUGUGUCAAUCAUUUCCAUUGUGGGUAUUGGAGGCUUAGGAAAGACAACACUUGCUCAACUUGCAUAUUAUGAUGAGACGGUGAAAUCAAAUUUUGAGCUAAAAAUGUGGGUGUGCAUUUCUGAUAAUUUUGAAGUUAAAAUAAUUGUUGAAAAGAUUUUGGAAUCUCCCAUUGGUGAAAAACCUAAAAAUCUUGAAAUGAAUACCUUGAAAGAUCUUCUUCAUGAAAAAAUUAGUGGAAAAAAAUAUGUACUUGUUUUGGAUGAUGUAUUGGAUGAGGAUUCUGAAAAAUGGUUUUACUUGAAGGAUUUGUUAGUUGGGGGUAGAAGUGGAAGCAAAUUAAUAGUGACUACACGUCUUAAAAAUGUUGCACAAAUGAUAGGAUCAACAAAAACACAUGACUUACAAGGCCUACUUGUUGAUGAUUCGUGGUCUUUAUUUGCAAAUAUGGCCUUUAAACAAGGGGAAGUCAUUAGCCCAGACCAUGAGAGAAUUGGAAAAGAAAUUGUGACAAAAUGUGUUGGAGUCCCUUUAGCUGUAAGAGUAAUAGGUCAUUUAUUGUAUUCUAAAAAUACAGUAGAUAACUGGCGAAAUUUUAAAGAAAAAGAGCUUCCAAAUAUGAAUGAAUAGGGGAGUAGUAUUAUGCAAACUCUCAUAUUGAGUUAUAUUCAUCUACCUUCUCAUUUAAAGUGUUGCUUUGCUUAUUGUAGAUUAUUUCCAAAAGAUUAUGAAAUUAACAUCCCAUAUUUGGUGAGCCUUUGGAUGGCACAUGGAUUUAUUAAAUCAUCAAAUUGAGAACAAAGUCUUCAAGAUACAGGCCUAAAAUAUUUCAAGGAUCUUUCGUGGAGGACCUUCUUUCAAGAAGUAAAAGAAGACGCGUUGGGCAAUUUAUGGAGAUGUAAAAUGCAUGAUUUGAUGCAUGAUCUUACCGUGCAAGUAGCAUGAGAUGAAAUUAUUUUAUUAAAUUCAAAUGCAAAGCAUGUUGAAGAAAAAACUCGACAUUUGCCAAUUGAUUUUGAAGUUGAGUCGUGGCAAAAAGUUACAAGUUGCUUACCUAAUUUGUCAAAGGUGAGAACAUUUGCAUCAUUUAGUUGGUCAAAAAAGCAUGAUAUUAAAAAAAUAGAAUGUGAUGAAAUUUUUUUCAAAUUAAAUCGUGUAAGGGCAUUAAGUUUGCGUGGUUUGAGAAUUAAGAGAGUGCCACGUUCCAUUGAUAAAUUGAAGCACAUAAGGUUUCUUGGUCUUUCUCAUAACAAAGACAUUGAAAUCCUUCCUGAUUUCAUUA